AAUAACCAAAGCAGAACGAAUGAAGUUUCAUCAAGUUUUUAAUUAGGCUUCGCUUCUUGUGAUUCCUCUAAAAUUUAUAUCAUUUCAUACGUUCGAUCUUGUUUUCAUGUGACCUUCCCUCUUGCCUACCGUGAGUCUCAUCAAUUUCGUAGAACGCUAUGUUAACAAUCCACGUAUCAUAUAUACACCUUACUUUCUCGCCGUACGUAUACCACACACACAUUACUUCAUCCCACUUCCUAACUUAUAUAAUUUUACUACUCGUUCACAGAGUAAUAUCAUGAAGUCAUUUCUUCUCAUUGUCAUAUUCCUCUCUUUCUUUGUCGGCUCUAUCUUCGCUAGUAGGCAUUUUCCGACGCCCCCCUAUCCAAGUCAUCAUCAUCAUGUCGGAAUGGUGACUAGGAAAAUGAAGCGUCAGAGGAGGCCGGACACGGUGCAGGUGGCUGGGUCUAGGCUGCCUGACUGCUCACACGCGUGUGGCUCAUGCUCCCCAUGCCGUCUUGUGAUGGUUAGCUUCGUGUGUGCAUCGUUAGCGGAGGCUGAGACUUGUCCUAUGGCUUAUAAGUGCAUGUGCAAGAACAAAUCCUACCCCGUCCCAUGAUGAGCCUCUCUUACACUUAACUCUAUGCAUUCAAACGUUUUGUUUUGUGUUUUUUUUUUUUAAUGUUUUCUUUUUUUUUCGGGUAAACGACCAUGUGUACGUAUAAAAUGCAUCUUUUCCCUUCUUUUAAAUUUCUC